CUGUAGCACGCAUUCCCCUACGAUUGGAUUCCGCGGCCAUCCUUUUGCCGAUCCGCACCCAAACCCUAACCUUGUAAAACCCCUCCUCUCCGAUGGCCGCCGCCUCGCCGCCGCCCUCCCCGCCUCAUCCGAAGCGGCCCAAGAUGUCCUCCUCCUCCGACCCCGAGCCGGAGCCCGCCUCGCUAUCCGCCGCCGGCGCGGAUCCCGGGCAGGCUCGCCGCCGCUACAAGCGCCGCAAGGUGGCCAUCCUCCUGGCCUACCUCGGCGCGGGAUACCAGGGUAUGCAGAAGAAUCCGGGCGCCCGCACCAUCGAGGGCGAUCUCGAGGAGGCGCUCUACCAGGCGGGCGCCGUCCCCGAAGCCGAGCGUGCCGCGCCCGCCCGGUACGAGUGGGCACGCGCCGCGCGCACCGACAAGGGCGUGAGCGCCGCGGCGCAAGUUGUCUCCGGCCGCUUCUACGUCGACCCGCCGGGAUUCAUCGAGCGCCUAAAUGCCAAGCUCGCGCCACAGAUCCGGGCCUUUGGCUAUGUGCGCGUCACCAACUCGUUCAGCGCCAAGAAGUUCUGCGACCGCCGGAGGUAUGUGUAUCUGCUCCCCGUGUUGGCGCUCGACCCCAGCGCGCACCCCGACCGCGAGGCUGUCAAGGCGAGCGCCGGGAGUGGCAACGAACUUGCCAAGUGCUUGGAGUGCUCGGAGAGAGGCAGGAAAGUGCCAGAUAUUAUGGGCCGGGAGGGGAAGUUGCCCAACCCUGAGCAGGAGAAGGUUCUUGAUACUGCGGGAGGGGAAACUGUGCCAGCUCAUGGAGAAGUAGGAUCAAACGGGAAUGCAGAUUCUGUUUCAGCUAGCUCUGGUAAUGGAACACCAGCUCUGAAUGCUGAACCCGGAUCAAAUGAUGCAGAAAAUUGUGAUAUUGAACAAGCUGGCAGUACUUUCCAUUCCGAAGCUUUACCAACAAACCCCAGUGAGACUCUCUGUUCCGAUUCAACUGUAGGUUCAGUCAGUGUUGCUGCUUCAGUUGUAGCUGAGCCUGCAGCCAAUGAAGAGAAUAUGCAAGCUAUGGAUAUUCAGAAGGAAAAUGGAGAAGAAAGUCCCCAAAGCACAUUUGCUUACACUAAUGAAGUGAAAGAGAAGUUUAGUAGGAUCCUCAAGCAUUAUGUUGGAACCCGCAACUUCCACAACUUCACUACAAGAACUAAGGCUGAGGAUCCUGCAGCCAAGAGGUUCAUCAUUUCAUUCACUGCUGAUCGUGUUGUUAGCCUUGAUGGGAUUGAUUUUGUCAGAUGCGAGGUUGUCGGGCAGAGUUUCAUGCUUCAUCAAAUCCGGAAGAUGGUAGGCCUUGCUGUAGCAGUGAUGAGGAACUGUGCACCCGAGUCAAUAUAUGAUGUAGCAUUCCGCAAGGAUAUCAGACUUAAUGUGCCCACUGCACCUGAGGUUGGACUGCACCUAGAUGAAUGUAUGUUCACCUCAUAUAACAUGAAAUGGAAGGAUACACAUGAGGCAGUUUCAAUUGAACCCUAUGCUGAGGAUGCUGAAGAUUUCAAGAUCAAGUACAUAUUCCCUCAUAUUGCUGCAAUGGAACACAAGGAGGGAGCUGUAGCUCUCUGGUUGCACUCAUUGAACAGCAGGAACUAUCCAGAUUUCCGCUACAUGGAGACCACUGGAUCUGAGGCUAGGGUUGGGGCUGGAGUUGGGAAUAUAGAGGAAGCACUUGUUCCAGUUGUGGCUGUAAUUGAUAACAUGGAUAAAGCGCAAGAUCCAGUUGCGGCUGGAGUUGAGAAUAUUGAAGAAGCUCAAGAUCCAGUUGUGGCUGGAGUUGAGAAGGUGGAAGAAGCACCAGUGCCAAUUGAUAAUUAGAAUGCAGGUAAGAGCACACGGAAGAAUCCUGGAUGGCCCAUUGCCAAUACGUUCCACCAUUCUGCUUCUCGGUGAACACAAUUGAGUUCAGAUGUUAGUAGUUACUCCAAACUUAUCAUGGAUGUUCACGCUAAUA